GGCGAAAGGGCGAGGAGGGGGGGUUUCCCCGCCGCCCCCCGCGCGGGGAGUGGGGGGAGUGCGGGGGGCGCGGCGGGAGCGCGGCAGCGGGAGCACGGCCAGGGAGGAGUGGAGAGGAGCGGAACGAGCCGGCGGCAUCCCCGCGUCUGGUGCGGGAUGCGGCGGAGCGCGGCGGCGUGCUGGGCGCUGGUGCUGCUGGCCGCCACCUUCUGCGACACGGUGGGCGGCAAGGGUGGGCGCGGCGGCGCCCGGGGGGCGGCUCGCGGUGCAGCGCGGGGGGCGGCCCGCAGCCGGCCGAGGGCGGCCGUGCCCCGGUACGGCUCCGCCGGGGCGGCCCUGCGCGUGGCGGGGGCGGCGGCGGCGGGAGCGGCGGCCGGCGUGGCGGCGGGGGCGGCCCUGCGCCGGGCCCGACUGUCCGGAGAGCUGCAAGCGGGAGACGGCGCCGAGUACCGCGACGGCAACUGGACGGCGGCCGCCAGCGCCUGGACCUCCGCCGCGCCGUCCGGGACCCCGCCGGGCCGGGCGCUGCCCUGGCUGUGCCCGCUGGCCGCCCUCCUCCGCCGCUGAUGGAUUUCGGGGGACCUGACUGUGCCCGGUGCACCCACGACGCCGACGGGACCGGCCGCCCCCACCGGGGCUGAGCCCCACGCCCCGGCCGAGCAGCGGCUCCGGGGCUAUGGCCACCCACCGCCGGCGGGGCAGGACCCCCGCGGAAGACCCUCCACCACCACCCCUCCACACCGAGCCAAACUCUGCCGGCUCGGAC